AUGAGGUGCCAUGGGGAUGAGACACUUCAAGACCUGCAGAUGAUGUUGUGCCUGGUGCUCUGCGAUCCGAGUGCCUCCAUUGGAUUCGGCGUGAAGAAGGUGGUGUCGAGCGCUCCGACCCGUGACCCAUUAGCUGUAGUUCAACACCCUCCCCAGGAGCUGCAGCUGCGCAAACCAUUCGCCGCUCUCAAAUCCAGGUUCCACGAAAAAUCGAAUGGCUCCCAGCCGGUGAAGGUUGUCUCGAAGCAUCACAUGCACCGUAUUCUGCUCACGACUAGACGGACCGGGAUACGAAGUCUACCAUACACCAACUUCGACACACCACUUGCCUUGUCGGCGCCGACCAACCCUGCCUGGCCACGAUUCCAGACCCUGGCCAAGACACGCUCACGCUCCAUCACCAACUCCAACAAAGGCAAGACCAACGCAAGUUCUGGCAACCUCUACGACUCCAGCUCGAUCACGGAAAAUAUUCAUAAGCUCGGCCGUAUAAGUCGCAGCUUCUUCCGUACAGCCGAACAUCGUCGCGCGUUCUCUGGCGCUUCCAUUCCUACAACCGCGACCAACUGCAUCAUGAACGGCGCCAAGGUUACCCGCUCCAAGCGCAAGGCGCCCACCAGCCCCGAGGGUCUGCGCCCGAACAAGCAGCAUCGUGCAUUGAACGGCAAGUUCUCUGCGGGUGAUAACACCCCUGACGUCGAACAUGAUGAGCCGGUCUACGUCGAGGAGGACGAGUACGACGAGGAGGAGGUUGCUCGGCUGAACCCCAUGUUCCCGGCUACGCAAGAGCCCGAGGCGUGGCAGCAUACCAUCGAGAACGUCAUUAGCAACGUUGUCUCGAUCAGGUUCUGCCAGACCUGUUCUUUCGAUACAGAUCCAGCUCUGACGAGCGAGGCCACUGGUUUCGUCGUCGACGCUGAGAAAGGAUACAUCCUGACGAAUCGUCACGUUGUUGGCUCCGGACCCUUCUGGGGCUUUGUCGUCUUUGAUAAUCACGAGGAGGUCGACGCCUACCCGGUCUACCGUGACCCCGUCCACGAUUUCGGCAUCCUACGGUUUGACCCCAAGGCCCUUCGCUACAUGGAUAUCCAGUCGCUGCAAUUGCGACCAGACUUGGCCAAGAUCGGUGUCGAAAUCCGUGUCGUCGGUAAUGAUGCUGGAGAGAAGCUCAGUAUCCUGUCUGGUUUCAUCUCGCGUCUCGACCGCAACGCGCCCGAGUACGGAGAGGGGUACAGCGACUUCAACACCUGCUACUACCAAGCCAACGCCGCAGCAAGCGGGAAAGUUCCGGCAGUCCUGUUGUCAAUAUUGACGGUCUCGCGAUUGCUCUGCAGGCUGGCGAGCGUGGCCGGCAAGAACACGCCCGAUCUCGAUACGUUUGUCGAGGUGAUGAAAGAGAUUCCUGAUCGUCGCAGGGUCGUCGUUACCUACAAGCACCUUCGUGACCUGCAUACUCUCAACACGACCGUUAUCAAUGUGGACAGGCAUUGGUCGGCCAAGAUGAAGAUGGCGGUGCGAAAUGACGAGACUGGCCUUUGGGACUUUUCCGAUCUGGGUGAUGCUUUGCCCCCGGUUCCGACGGUACCUCAGUCUGGCUCCUUCAUCCAGCUCGAGUACACAUCAAACCCUGCCGUUGCCGACCUGGUCCGCAGCUUUGUGCUUGUCAACUGUACCAUGCCAGUCAAACUGGACGGCUUCCCGAAGAAUCGCAAAUGGGGCAUGGGGCUCGUGAUAGACGCUGACAAGGGCCUUGUCAUCAUCUCGAGGGCUGUUGUCCCCCAUGAUCUUUGUGACGUAACGGUCAGCAUCGCCGAUACGAUUUUCGUGGACGGCAAGGUUGUUUUCCUGCAUCCGCUGCAAAACUAUGCCAUCAUCCAGUACGACCCAAAACUUGUAGAUGCGCCUGUGCUGAGCGCCAAGCUGAGCAGCGAGCCCAUCUCUCAGGGAGCGUCCACCAACUUUAUCGGUUACAACAGACUGGGCCGCAUCGUGCAUGCGACGACAACAGUGACGGAGAUCACACCAGUGGCGAUUCCUGCUAAUUCGGGAGCGCCAAGGUACCGCGCUGUCAAUGUUGACGCCAUCACUGUCGACACGAGUCUCAGCAGCCAGUGUGGUAGCGGCGUUUUGGUCGCAGCUGAUGGUUCUGUGCAGGCCCUAUGGCUGACGUACCUCGGAGAGCGCUCGCCGGUCAGCAACCGCGACGAGGAGUACCAUCUUGGUCUCGCGACACCGACACUGUUGCCGGUGAUCUCUCAGAUCCAGCAGGGUGUUCUGCCCAAACUCAGACUACUCCCUGUGGAGUUCCGUGCCAUCAAGCUUUUGCAGGCGCGUGACAUGGGCGUCUCGGACGAGUGGAUUCGCAAGGUCACCGAGGCCAACAAGACGCACCACCAGCUCUUCAUGGUCAGCAACCGCACCUUUGAACGGACGGAGCAGCCCGGCGCGCUGCUCGAGGGCGACAUCGUCCUCAGCCUCAACGGCAAGGUGAUUACGAGGGUGUCAGAGCUCGACGUCAUGUAUUCGCAUGAGGUUAUCGAGGCUGUCGUCGUGCGUGUUAAGCAAGAAAUGACGAUCCAGGUGCACACAUCGGCCGCGGACGAUGUCGAGACGGACCACGCCGUGUCAUUCUGUGGAGCCGUCCUCCAGAGGCCGCAUCAUGCCGUCAGGCAGCAGAUCAGCAAGCUGCACAGCGAGGUCUACGUCUCGGCACGCACGAGGGGCUCCCCUUCGUACCAGUACGGCCUUGCUCCCACCAACUUCAUCACCCACGUCAAUGACAAGCCGACGCACGACCUGCCGGCCUUUCUCGCCGCGGUGGAAAACAUCCCGGACAAUACUUAUUUCCGCCUAAGAGCCUGCACGUUCGACUGUGUGCCAUGGGUCAUCACGAUGAAGAAGAACGAGCACUAUUUCCCGACCAUGGAGUGGAUCAAGGACGCGUCGGACCCUUCAGGCUGGCGACGCAAGACGUACGAGCACGGCAAGGUGUUCGAUGGCGAGACCGUCGACGGCAUCAACGCCGCCACGGGUGAGGACGCGGAUAUGGGCGAGGAGGACAUCUUGCCGGCAUGA